GGUAUUUUGACAAGGGGGUUUCGGAGCAGUGCGUCGUUGUAGUGUACUGCCGUAUUUAUCGACAAUUUGUGUUGAAUUAGAACAAAUUUUUGUGGUUUCAUUCAUACAUAUUGUGUUUUAUUUCCAAUGAAUUUAUUCCUGAAUAUUUCAAAUCUUUAAAAUGCCUGGAAAUACUGAAAACAUAGUCCGACAUCGUGUGAAACAGGAGCAGCGGAGAGCGGGUGAUGAGACCGAAGUCAAAGAGGAGUUGUCGCCGGCAGUUUCGGGGGAAGAUCCAACAACAAAAGGGGAGAAUCGUGACAAGACAGCCGCCCCUUCGUUAUUCGUUGUCACAUUGAAUGUCAAUAUUUUGGUCACAUUUCUCACUGUCCUGUCUUUUGCAACACGAUUUUGGAGACUAGAGGAACCCAGAGGAGUUGUGUUUGAUGAGACUCACUUUGGUUUGUUUACAAGCUUCUAUAUGAAGGGUAUGUUUUUCUUUGAUGUUCAUCCACCCCUGGGUAAGCUGCUCUUGGCUGCAGUAAGCUACAUGGCUGGCUUUCAAGGAAACUUCUCGUUUGAAAAGAUUGGCCAAGAAUACCCAUGUGAUAUUCCAAUAUGGCACUUGAGGUUGAUACCAGCUCUGUGUGGUUCUUUACUGACCCCUCUUUCAUUCUACAUCUUAGAAGGUAUGGGGUAUAGCCAGUGGACAGCUGCCAUAGGAGCUUUUCUGGUAGUGUGUGAUAACUCUUUGCUGACUCAGUCUCGUUUCAUCUUAUUGGACACCAUGUUGCUUUGUUUCAUCAUGGUGGCUCUUCUUGCACUCAUCAGAUUCAACCAAUUACAAGACAAACCAUUUAGUAUCCAGUGGUGGGCCUGGCUGACUUGCAUAGGAGUCUGCAUCUCAUGUUCUAUAAGUGUCAAAUAUUCUGGUUUGUUUACAACGCUUGUCAUCCUUGGUUUCAUCGCAGCUGAUUACUGGUCCAUUGUUGGCAACAGAAACGUCUCACAUUCCCAUCUGUUCAAAGAGACGUUAGCAAGAGUGGUACUACUGAUCAUUGUCCCUGUGGUGCUGUAUCUGUCCUUCUUCUCCAUGCAUCUGUCUGUUGGGUAUAAAACUGGUCCUCAUGAUGGAAGAAUGUCCAGUGCAUUCCAAGCGUCCUUAGAAGGUGGUCUAGCUAAGGUCACUCAUGGUCAGCCUAAGAAUGUGGCCUAUGGUUCACAGGUUACUCUCCGGCAUACACACCAGAAUAUUUGCUGGCUCCACUCUCAUCCCCAUCUUUACCCAUUGAGAUACUCAGAAACGAGGGGGAGCAGCAUACAACAGCAAGUCACCUGCUACACAUUCAAGGAUGUUAAUAAUUGGUGGGUAGUGAAAGACCCAAUGAAAGAAGAGUUGGCCAUGGAGAGUCCUCCUAGACCUGUCAAAGAUGGUGACAUCAUCCAAUUGAUUCAUGGGACCUCAGGUCGCCGUCUUAACAGUCAUGAUGUGGGUGCUCCAAUGUCUCCUCAAUUCAUGGAAGUAUCAUGUUACAUUGAUUACAACAUUUCAUUCCCUUCACAAGACUUGUGGAAGGUGGAAAUAGUAAAUAAGGAGGCACCUGGUGAAGCAUGGACAGCCAUACAUUCACACAUAAGAUUGGUUCAUGUUAAUACAUCACAAGCAAUCAAGGUGACUGGUCAACAGCUUCCAGAUUGGGGUUUCUAUCAGCAUGAGGUUGCAACGGAUCGUGUGAUGAAUCAAGACUCUAAUAUCUGGAACGUAGAGGAAAACAAAUAUUCUUCUGACAAAGAAGAAUUCUGGGAUGAAACAAAGGAGCUGAGUUUCUUCAGUAAAUUUUGGGAAUUACAGCUGAAGAUGUUGGAAGCCAAUAAAAAGCUUUCAGAUGAUCACAAUUACAAAUCAGAUCCGAUGGAGUGGCCUUUCAUGGAACGUGGUAUCGCUUACUGGAUGAAGGCAACAACUAAUGCUCAAAUCCAUCUCCUUGGCAAUGUAGUCAUAUGGUGGUCUGCUAAUGUGGGGAUUGUGGUUUAUCUGGUAGUCAUGGUAACCUUCAUCAUACGUCAACAGAGGAAUUGCAAUGACCUCACAAAAGCUGAAUGGGUUCGUCUUUUUAUGACUGGCGCCCUCUUCCUGUCGUGGUUUUUCAAUUAUCUUCCAUACUUUAUGAUGGAGCGUACAUUGUUUCUACAUCACUACCUACCAGCGCUCCUCUCCAAGGUGCUUCUAUUGGCUGCUACGAUAGAGAUAGUAUACUUCCAUGUCUUGCAAACUUCUGCUCAGCGUAGUCUUUUCACCAGCCUAGUGGUUGUUUGGCUGACGUGCGUCUUCUUAGUCUUCCAAAAAUUCUUACCACUGACUUAUGGAAACAAGGACUUAACUGAAGAGGAGGUGGAGUCUCUUAGAUGGUUUGAGAGUUGGGGGUUUCUUGUACAAGGGAAGAUGAUUGCAUGAUGACUUCGGAAGAAGAGAUCGAUUCUAUUUGAUGACUUCUCAGAAGAACUUUGAUGCAUAUAGAGAGUUAGGAAUUAGUUGUCCAAGGAAAGUUGAUUUCAUCAGGCAAGCAUUCAAAAUGAAGAGGAGUUUCUUAUGAAUCAUUUAUUGAAAAUAAUAUUUCUGUUUAGAGGCUAUUAAAGUGAUUUGUGACUCAAUAGGAAAGUUUGCAAGCUAAUCAAGAUAAUGAUCCCAUUCUUGUACAGAAAAAUGUAUUUUACAAGAGAACAACUGAUCAGGGAAGGAAAUUGUUUUUGUUGUAUAAUUGGACCACAGUCUUUCAUCUUGUAUAUUAUGUAGUAACGUCUCUGUGUCAUAAAGCUGUUUGUAAGUUAAGAGCGACUGGCGAUCCUUUCUUAGCCAUCGCCAAUUGAUAUAUCAUUUACCACAAGAAAGGAUCACCAGUCGUUCUUAAAGUCGCUCUUAACUUGCGAACAGCUUUAUGAAACACCCCCCCAUAUGUAUGUAUUCACUGUCAGUGGUGGUAUCAUUUAUGUUGUAUAUUUUGCUGCACUGUUUAGUUUAAUAUAACCAAAAUUAUGUUUAUUUUCUGUAUGGGCUAGGCCUGAUUUUGUCAUGCUGGACCAUGAUAACACUGACAAGAUCAAUGCACAAUUCAUGCUAACUAAAACAUUUGGUAUUCUCUCUAUGUCAGCUAAAAAGCCUCAAACCUCCAAUAUUGAUUGGCACGUCUUAUUUCGUGAUUUUCUUGUUCAAAUUUAUGUCUUUGAUGGUCACCAAUUCAUGCUUUAUUCCUGACAGCAAUUUAAAGUUUAUUUUAUGGUUGCCUCCUAUUACAUGAGGCAUAAAUGAGUUUGGACAAGAAAUUGCAUGAGCCCAGAUUGAUAAGGGUUAUCUCAUUAUAAAGAUUUUUUUUUUAAUCAGUUGUUACUCAGUUACAAAUACAUCAGUACUAUGCCUUUUUGCCAAUAUUUCAACUCUUAUUUUACUUAAUUCAUGCUGUUAUAUAACCACUAAUACAGUCUUAACCCUAAAAGGACUGGGCUAUUUGAGAUGUAUUGAGAACUGGGAGGGGGCGAUGAUGCCUCUCGGCCGUCGUUCGCGCGAUCACGCCAAAAUUUGGCACGCACAUUCUUUACCUCGUAAACUACGAGCCAGUAUUUAAAAAAAUUCUGAAAAUCAUUUUUUUUUGUUAUGAAACCGGUAGGAAGUUAUUCCUUAAAAAGCUGUGUGCGCUGCGAACGCCUAGCUUAGCCGGGUAAUAUAGGAGCGCCUUGAGCACCUAACAAGGUGGAUAUGUGCGCAAUAUAAAUACCCUAUAUUAUUAUGAAUAAAAUAUGCAUAUUUAUUAUUCGUGAAAAAUAAAUAAAUUCACUUCAAAUUUUCUUUUUUUCCAGAUGUCAUCUUUGUAAUUUAACUUAAACAUUUUCUCAAAGAAAAAUUGCGAAGCCCAAUUUUUUCCUCAUGUAUUUCUUUGUUUUUUCAUCUUUUGUUUUUCAAUGGAAAUUAUUAUCUCCCAUUUACCAACUAAAUUAAACCCUAAAUUAAUUGAGCAAUUAGAAUGAAAAAUAAUCACCCUUUAUGAAUUUCAUCUUCCGUAGACUUUGUACACAAAGUAUAAAAAUGAGCCAUUUUCGGCAUGACAUAAAAAGUCAGUAUGCUAUACCCGUAUGUCCCGAAUUUGGUCUCAAAAUGUGUUCGAGACUUAUAAAAGUAAUAAAAUUUGCGGUGCUAGUUUCAGAAAUAUCGUGCGAAGCGUUGAGGAGGGGGCCCCCCAGUUCUUUUAGGGUUAAGACCAUUUUUCUUUUACUAAGAGUGGGACGUAAUAUGACCCCAACCCUAUUCAAAUCUCAGCCGCUAAUAACACAAUUGCCACAAAAAUUUGCAAGGGCAUAAAGCAAGAUUAUGUAUUAAUACAUAUUUGCCUAUAACUUCAUAAAUGCUAAACUUUGGAAAACUAAAAAUACUGUCUCUAUGGUUGCCAAUUCUCAAACACUAUUUAAUUUAGUGUUUAGAGAGGACACAGUUAAUGACCUCAUGCCUAACAAUUUAAAAUCACCUUUAAACACAACUUGAAAAUAAAUGCCCUUUUUUAAUUUCUUUGCCUGAAAUUAGGCAUUUGUUUCUUUGACGGUACAAUGAGGUGGCAGUUUUAAUGCAUGAUUAUAAUGGGGAGGGGGCAUUUCUAUCAGUAUAAGUAAGACUAUGUCACUGAAAUAGUUAAAUUUGUCAGUUUUAUAAAAGAAUGUGAUGGUCUUAUGUUUUUGUUUGUUUAUUAGCAUUCAGUGAUUCAGUAACAAUAGAUAAUUCUCCGUGGCCAGGUCCAUGUUAUUAUGUUAUUUUAUGCUCUACCUUCAAAAUUUAAAUACACAAAUUUGAUUUCAAGUUGUCAAAAUUGAUUAUCAAAUGAACAACAUGUUUACAUAUAUUUUGUGCCUGUAUAUAUUAUUUAUUACUGUAUCUUGUUCAUUACUUACCUAAUAUUUUCAUUAUUAAUAUUAUUUGUUGUUCUUUUGUUAAAAGGGCCACCUGAAAUAUCAGAAAUAAAUAAAUUGCAAGCAACUUUUAUACAGUCA